AUUACCUCCUCUUCCACCUCCUCGUUCACCUCCUCCUCCUCCUCCUCCUCCUCGUCCACUUCCUCCUCCCCCUCCUCGUCCAUCUCCUCCUCCUCAUCCACCUCCUCGUCCACAUCCUCCUCCUCCUCGUCCACCUCAUCCUCCUCAUCCACCUCCUCGUCCACCUCCUCCUCCUCCUCAUCCACCUCCUCCUCCUCCACCUCCUCCACCUCCUCCUCCUCCACCUCCUCCUCCUCCUCCUCCUCCUCGUCCACCUCCUCCUCGUCUACCUCCUCCUCCUCCUCCUCGACCACCUCCUCCUCCUCAUCCACCUCCUCGUCCACCUCCUCGUCCACCUCCUCGUCCACCUCCUCGCCCUCCUCCUCCUCCUCCUCAUCCACCUCCUCCUCAUCCACCUCCUCGUCCAUCUCCUCCUCCUCCUCGUCCACCUCCUCCUCGUCCACCUCCUCGUCCACCUCCUCCUCCUCCUCCUCCUCGUCCACCUCCUCCUCAUCCACCUCCUCGUCUACCUCCCCCUCCUCCUCGUCCACCUCCUCCUCCUCAUCCACCUCCUCGCCCACCUCCUCCUCGUCCACCUCCUCCUCCUCAUCCACCUCCUCGUCCACCUCCUCCUCCUCGUCCACCUCCUCCUCCUCCUCCUCGUCCACCUCCUCCACCUCCUCCUCCCCCUCGCCCACCUCCUCCUCCUCGUCCACCUCCUCCUCCUCAUCCACCUCCUCCUCCUCGUCCACCUCCUCCUCCUCCUCGCCCACCUCCUCCUCCUCGUCCACCUCGUCCACCUCCUCCUCCUCGCCCACCUCCUCCUCCUCCUCGUCUACCUCCUCCUCCUCCUCCUCCUCAUCCACCUCCUCGCCCACCUCCUCCUCCUCAUCCACCUCCUCACCCACCUCCUCCUCCUCAUCCACCUUCUCAUCCACCUCCUCCUCCUCCUCCACCUCCUCCUCCUCGUCCACCUCCUCCACCUCCUCCUCCACCUCCUCCUCCUCCUCCUUGUCCAACCCCUCGUCCACCUCCACCUCCACCUCCUUGUCCACCUCCUCCUCGUCCACUUCCUCCUCCUCCUCGUACAUCUCCUCCUCCGCCUCGUCCACCUCCUCCUCGUCCACUUCCUCCUCCUCCACUUCCUUCUCGUCAAUAACUGACCAUUAA